AUGCUCAUUAAGAAAUGCUCUGAACAUCUUAAAACAUUCCUCGCAUCCAAUGCCACUUUCGAGAUAAUAUAUGGUCAACGGCAAAUCAACAAUAUAGAUAGAUUACUAGUGCUAGAUUCGUCUUUCAAUCCACCUCACAAUGGCCACUUAAAUUUGAUAAGAAAGGCGGCACAACGUUACAGAGAUAGUAGACUGCAUAUCGUAUUAUUGCUUUCCCUCAACAACGCCGACAAAGAAGUUAAACCAGCUGCUUUCGAUAAGAGGCUCGAUAUGAUGUGCCUAUUUUGCGACUCCCUCGAAAAAGACGCGAUGAAGACUUCUGUCGCAGUUACCACAUAUGGCAAGUUUGUCGAGAAGUCUAAAGUCAUACACAACAAGCUCGGAGAUGGGUUUCAAGUUGUUUAUUUGGUGGGAUUCGAUACGAUCACAAGAAUAUUCGACCCCAAAUACUAUGCACCAAGCUUGGUGGCCGAGGCUCUCGCUUCAUUCAUGGAUAAGACUGAAUUGUACUGUCUCACUAGAGGUGGUAACUCCGAAAUUGAGCAGCAGUUAAACUACCCAGAAGAUAUCGCAAAAGGCGAAUACGAGCCUGAAAUCCCGCGCAUUUGGCAUCAAAAAAUUGUGGUGGAACAGAACACCCCAAACGCCAAUGAAAUAUCAUCCACGAUAGUCAGGAGCAUGAUAUCGAGCGGAGAACGAGGUGCAAUAGCUUUAAUGCCAAAGGUAAUUUACGAGUACGCUCUUCAAAAACAAGACGGGCUCACCAUUUUCGAAGUGAAAAAGUGA